UUCUCCUCCGCUUCCAGCACCACCGCUGUCGGCACCGUCACCUCCCGGGUGACCAGGAAUGGGGAUGCCGUCAUGGAGAAGAAGGACUUACUCAAUCACGAGGACUUGGCAGGAGACCGGGGCAUGGUAGACGAUAUCUUUGAUGAGACCUACCGGGAGAAGGAGGGCCCCAAGCCCCCCAUGCGAUACGUCUGGAGGAAUAUCAUCCUCAUGAGCCUGCUGCAUCUAGGGGCCAUAUUCGGGUUGAUGCUGAUACCUUCUGCAAAGAUCCAGACAUUGGUGUGGGCUGUUCUGUGUUUCCUGGUGAGUGCUCUGGGGAUAACAGCUGGAUCUCACCGCCUCUGGAGCCAUCGGUCCUACAAAGCCACGCUGCCCCUGCGGAUCUUCUUGGCUAUUGCAAACUCCGUGGCCUUCCAGAACGACAUCUACGAGUGGGUCCGUGACCACCGCGUCCACCACAAGUUCUCCGAGACAGAUGCAGACCCUCACAAUGCUAUGCGGGGCUUCUUCUUCUCCCACAUUGGCUGGCUGCUGGUGCGCAAGCACCCGGACGUCAUAGAGAAGGGCCAAAAGCUGGACCUGAGCGACAUAAAGGCUGACAAAGUGGUGAUGUUCCAGAGGAGAUUCUACAAGCCCUCGGUGGUGUUGCUAUGCUUCACGCUGCCCACUGUAGUGCCCUGGUACUUCUGGGAUGAAUCCAUCGUCAUCAGCUUCUUCAUUCCAGCCAUCCUGCGCUACGCCAUAGGGCUCAAUGCCACUUGGCUAGUGAACAGUGCUGCUCACAUGUUUGGCAACCGGCCCUAUGAUCAGAACAUCAACCCACGGGAGAACCCCCUGGUCAGCCUGGGGGCCCUAGGAGAAGGCUUCCACAACUACCACCACACCUUCCCCUAUGACUACUCCACCAGUGAGUUUGGCUGGCGCUUCAACUUAACCACAGCCUUCAUCGACCUCAUGUGCCUCCUGGGGCUGGCCAGCGAUCGCAAGAAGGUCUCCAAGGAGGUCAUCCUGGCUCGGAAAAUGCGGACUGGAGAUGGGAGUCACAAGAGUGGCUGAGUUCCUGCACCACUUCACACACACAUCCACACCUCUCCUUCCUCCUUUUUUCUCCCUUUCUCCCUCCCUGACCCCUCCAAACACGCUGGACAAAGGUUUAAUGUUCUGUUUACUAACUACUGAAUAAUGCUACCAGUUUGCUUAAGAUAAUGAUAAUGAGUUUUAAUCCCCCUCCCACGCUGUAUUUUACGUGAUGUAUUUAAGAUCUAGGACUCUGCCUUUAUAACACAAGGCCACCCCUUUCCCUCCUCUCCUUUCUUUUCCGUUCUUUCUUUCUAGCCCCUCUACCCCGUGUCCUGCUUUAUGUCGUCCUGGUCUCCCCCUGGCAGGAGGAGCUGGUUGGAAGCAGCCCGGGAAGGCCCAUCGCAGCCGGCUACGUACCAUGGAGCUAAGGGAAGGCUCUGCCAGCCAGCUGAAGAGUUGAGCCAAAGUCAGUGACCCUCUCCCCACCACCUUCCCCCCAAAACUCCUUCCUCUGUCC